AUGAGACUAGCAUUCAUAUUAUGUUUUCCAAAUUUGGAAAAAGCUGCUGACCAGGUGAAUCACACAUCAAAUGGUGAUGGUCAAGUGCCUUAUAUAUGGAUUGUUGGUGGUCUUACUGUUGUGCUUGCGCUUCUAGUGGUGUGUAUACUUGUAUGCAUCUGCUUGAGAUCAUCUAGUUUCAGUUCAAGUGAUAAUGAUAGUGGUGGACACAACUUCCAAAUUCUUAGGAAGUCUGGUUUCUUUUGCGGUUCUGGUCGGUAUAACUGCUGCAGAUCCGGGGAUUUUAGACGAACCAACGCUCUUGGUGAUGGAAUGUUUGAGAUAGAGAAGCCUACUGUUUUCACUUAUGAAGAGAUCCGUGCUGCUACAGAUGGGUUGGCUGAUUCAAAUCUUCUUGGUCAUGGAAACUAUGGUUCUGUGUACUUUGGUCUACUUAGAGAAAAAGUAGAGUUGAUUGGUUAUGCUGCAACCAAUGAUGAGAUUUUCGUAGUGUAUGAGUAUGUGCAAAAGGGAAUGCUGAAAAAUCAUUAG